AUGAAGAGUGGGUUGACCGACCAAACUCCUUCCUGUACAACCCUCCUCUUUCUUUCCUUCUUCCUGCUCUUAUUCCCCCCAGAUUUUGUCAAAAGUGACUGCUGGCUCAUUGAGGGAGAUAAGGGAUAUGUGUGGUUGGCCAUCUGCAGCCAGAACCAGCCACCAUAUGAGACGAUCCCACAGCACAUCAACAACACAGUCCAUGACUUGCGGCUCAAUGAGAACAAAAUCAAAGCUAUUUUCUUCAGCUCCCUGAGUCGCUUCACAAACCUGACUGACCUCAACCUCACCAAGAAUGAGAUCUCCUACAUCGAAGAUGGUGCUUUUGCAAGCCAAGCGAAUCUACAGGUGCUACAACUCGGUUAUAACAAGUUAACCAACCUGACUGAAGGCAUGUUGCGAGGUCUGGGUCGUAUGCAGUGUCUUUUCUUGCAGCACAACCUCAUAGAGGUCAUUGCCACUAAUGCUUUCUGGGAGUGCCCAAGUCUGAGCAACCUGGACUUGUCGUCCAACAAGCUUGCUCGUCUGGACCCAUCCACUUUCACCGUACUGGGUAGGCUAAUUGGAUGUGAGCUCGCAGGUAACCCUUUCCACUGUGGUUGUGAACUCUACAGCUUUCUCACCUGGUUAGAAGCCUUCAACAACGUCACACACACCUAUGAUCGACUUCAAUGUGAGACCCCACGUGAACUGUUUGGCUACCCAUUGUUGAGUCCUGUUGCAGGACACGGACUUAGUGCUCGCUAUAUCCUUUCCUCAGUGUGCCGAGAUGGGGUUCUGAUACCUGGGAUAACUUCUCUGCCACCUGAUCCUGAUGCCUCAGGCAUGGGACCUGACAUGUUUGACCAUUUAGGGCCAUACCAUCAGCCCACAACUUCCUCCUCUUCUGACAACACCUUGACUCCCAGCAUCAAACUGACACAUGUUUCUCUUUCCUCUGCGUCUCUUCUUAUCCAGAUUCCAAAACCAUACAGCAAAAUGUACAUUCUGGUGCAGUACAAUCAUAGUUUUGUGUCAGAUGUCAUGAACUUGAAGAAUAAAAAGGAGAUGAUUACACUGAAUAAACUCAAACCAAACACCAACUAUACCUUCUGUGUGGCUUCUAUACGCAACUCGCAGCGUUACAACCACACGUGUUUAUACUUUUCUACCCAUGUUCCUAACUUCGAUAACAUGAUGCCCCCACCUUCCACAACCACCCAUUACAUCAUGACCAUUAUCGGCUGCCUUUUUGGAAUGCUCAUUGUUCUUGGCUUCGUCUACUACUGCUUGCGAAGACGUCGAAGGCAAGAAGAAAAAGAGAAAACCAUCUGUGUGAAGAAAACUAUUCUGGAAAUGCGUUAUGGGCCAGAGGUGGCAGCAGCCGUUACAAAUGACCCCACAGCUGUCCAGAAACUUCAUGAGCAGAGCCAUCAUCAGCAUCACCAUGGAAAACUACGCAUGUCCUCUUCCAGCUCUGCCAUGCUUGGACAUGAUUCUGCCAACACAAGCUCCUCUCGCCUUUCCUCCAUUCCUCAAGUUGAAAAGAUGGCUACAGCCUUCUCUGAGGCCAUGGCCGCUAAAGGAAACUACAUGGAUAUUAGGACCUCAGCAGUAGGAGAGGAGAGAGGGAGAGAUGGAGCUCUGGUACAUGGUUUGCGGGAGGAAGACCUCAGGGGAGAUGAUGGAAGUGAUCUAGGUGAUGAUUCUGAUGAUGAUGGCCGAGGAUCAGCAUCAGAGAUUUCAACCAUAGCAAUGGAAGUUGACAAGGUAAACCAGAUAAUCAACAACUGCAUUGAUGCCCUCAAGCUGGACUCUGUAGCAGCAUCGACCACUUCCACCAUGACCAGUGGUCCCACCUCACCCCCACCUACUUCCAACUCUUCCCUGACCCGAGGGCUGAUUCCCAUCUCCUCUAGUGUCAGUGAUACGUGCCAAGUCCUGCCUUCCCCGAAAAUCCCUCCUCUGCCCCCGCUUCCCUUUACAGCUCCUCUGUCCGAAAGUCCUGGGAUCACAGGGGGUGGCUUUGUGUCACCGCCAUACCGCCCUCCUCCGCCUGCAUCCGCAGUAAGGCCUAUUCAAAGACAGAUGAGUGCAGAUGCCGCUGUAAUAAUGUCCUCUUCCAAGAGGCACUGCCGCCCGUCCAGUGGGAGAGGAGGUCGUGUUUACAGCCUGGAUGUUCCAGAGCCGCACAGCCCAGAAUCCUGUCAGUAUCAAGAGAAGAGUAGCCCAGUGGGGUGUGGCGAGCCAUUGGAGAGGCUACCUUUGGUGGGUGGUGGUGGUGGAGGUGGUGGAUAUAGUAUUGAUGGUGGCACUGACGGGAUGGUCCUUCAACAGCACCUGGAAGUGCACCCAGACUUCCACUGUGCAGAGCAUCGUCACUCUGUCCCAGCCCUUUACUAUGAGGGCUCCCAUGACUCCCCAGCCCAAAGAGUCUCUUUCCUCAAGCCUUUGUCACACACCAAGAGAGAUGCUGCCUCCUACUCUCAGCUCUCUCCUCGCCAACAUAAUUACUCUGGCUACUCCUCUAGUCCAGAGUACUCCUCCGAGAACACCUUGCGCAUCUGGGAGCGAUUCCGCCCCCACAGAAAGGGCCCACGCGAGGAGUCCUGUUAUGUAACGGCCGGCAACGCCCUGCGUAAAAAGGUCCAGUUUGCCAAGGGGGAGGACUUGCAUGACAUCCUCGACUACUGGAAGGGUGUGUCAGCACAGCAAAAGCUGUAAUCUAAGAGACUGUGUGGAUAAACAGCGCAGGUCUCCUUCACUGCCUGAUAAAUCAGAAGAGCAACUGUAGAGGGAACAUCAGGUUAUGGCUGCAGUGUGCACAACUGAGUAAAGUUUGUAAUGGUUUGAGUUGUUUUAAACUGAUUUUGUACAGCAUGAGUCAUCAUUGAGCCAGAAAGAGAGUAAGAGAGCCUAAUUAUACACUACAUUCAGAAAAUAGCAUUCACAAAAGUAUAAUUUUAGAUUAAAGCACUUGUAAUUGUCAUAGUCAGUGGUAAGGUACCAGUGGGCAUAUCAUUUGUCAAUAAUUGAAAUAAUUUUAUUUUACACAGUAUUCAUAUCAAUGGUGAGACCUUUGUAACCUAAUUUCUCAUUCAGCCCAUGAGAGUAUCUCUGUUUAUACUCCCACUGAAAUCACAGGGCAGCACAUUAAUUUGUUAUCCAGAAGUGUGUG